CCUCGUCACUUGGUGUACGUAGUAGUUGGCUUUUGUGGACAUCUUCUCGAGGAGACUGAGAUCAAUUCCAGCCCAAAUACUUCGUCACAUGAUCUGAUACCAAGCGAUACUGCUCAGUGUCUAUCACCCAGUCCUAAAGAAGUGGAGGCUAUCUUCUUCAGGUCGCUUGACUGGCUCUGCUCCCCUGGAACUCUCUCCUAUACUGAGUUUCGAAUGGCUCGCUAUCGCAAUCCGUUUGUUAUUUCGGACCAACCUGCACAUUCUCUUACCAAAGUCUCCCCAUCAUCUUCAUCUUAUCCCCACUACUCUGAUGACUAUCGCUACCUUAUUCCAGCCUUUGGACAAACUGUACAAACUCUCGACUGGCCGCGCAUUUGGGGCAUCACUGCUAUGAUACUCAAUCGAGUCCUACUUUGUCUAUUGCCUUCGUCCAUCACACUUCAUUAUCCACCAGGCAUAUACAGUCGUCUGAUACCUACAUCUAGACCUAUCGGCUUGCCCAUUGACCAUACGUAUCAGAAAACUUGA